GGGCAAUACUUUUGCACCGCACGAGCUAGCCCCCUCGCAAAAUUUACGUGAAUAUACGGAGAUCUUUCAACAAACAACAUCGCCAACCCCCGUUAGAUCACCGGAUAACCGCCAACAUGCCUCCCAAGAAGACAGCCCGUCCCGCGCAGGAGAACAUCUCCCUGGGCCCCCAGGUCCGUGAGGGGGAGCUCGUUUUCGGUGUUGCCCGCAUUUUCGCUUCUUUCAAUGACACCUUCGUUCACGUUACCGAUCUCAGUGGCCGCGAAACCAUCUGCCGUGUUACCGGCGGCAUGAAGGUUAAGGCCGAUCGUGACGAGUCGUCUCCCUACGCCGCUAUGUUGGCUGCCCAGGACGUCGCUCUCCGCUGCAAGGAGCUGGGCAUCACUGCUCUCCACAUCAAGAUCCGCGCCACUGGCGGCAACGGCACCAAGACCCCUGGCCCCGGUGCCCAGUCCGCUCUCCGCGCUCUGGCCCGCUCCGGCAUGAAGAUUGGUCGCAUUGAGGACGUCACCCCUACACCGUCCGACUCGACCCGGCGGAAAGGUGGUCGCCGCGGUCGUCGUCUCUGAUACUGUGGCGAGUUAUGGGUAUGCGUAAGGAUGGAGUUGGUUCACAUCUGGUUUCCACUGUGGCGUUGACAAUUACGAGGAGAACGGCGUCGUAAUGCCUGGUCUCCACUUACUUCGACUUGUCACAUGUUGCUUAUGACACAUUUGUAGCAGAUGAAUAAAGAAUCACAAGCCGGUGCUAUCAACGUGGCCCGAACAAAAAAAAA